AUUGUUCCUAAAUGUAUAAAAGGGCUCAGCAAGUCUCCCAUUUUCAUCAGAACUCGACGGUUCAACCCCUCACAGAAACUUACAGGUGCAUCUGCAUUCUUCUAACAAUCUUGACAAGCCGAGAAGAAUUAUUACCAACAAACUCACAAAAUUUGCUAUCUACUUCGGUUUGCAAGAAACCUACAUGUACAUCAUAUUUCGCAUAUCAAUAUUCGUCUUGAAUUUUUGAUAACCCUAAAGGUAUUAAAUAUACUACGAGCUACUGGCAGAUUUUACGUACGACUCUCAAAGUUGAACCCAACAACAACACCAAAAACCAAGAUGGCCACCUACGAAGAUGACGUUGCAGCCCUGGUCGUUGACAACGGAUCGGGUAUGUGUAAGGCUGGCUUCGCAGGCGACGAUGCACCACGAGCUGUCUUCUCAUCUGUCGUCGGUAGACCUAAACAUCAGAUGGUCAUGGUUGGCAUGGGUUCGAAAGACAGCUACGUCGGCGACGAGGCCCAAAGCAAGAGAGGAAUUCUAAAGCUCAACUACCCGAUCGAACACGGUAUCGUCACAAACUGGGACGAUAUGGAGAAGAUCUGGCAUCACACCUUCUACAACGAGCUCCGUGUCGCCCCCGAAGAACACCCGAUACUCUGCACUGAGGCUCCGAUGAAUCCCAAGGCAAACAGAGAAAAGAUGACACAGAUAAUGUUUGAGACCUUCAAUACUCCAGCUUUCUACGUAGCUAUCCAAGCUGUCAUGUCCCUCUACGCCUCAGGUCGGACAACCGGAACCGUCUUUGAUGCUGGUGAUGGCGUCUCCCAUGUAGUGCCGAUCUAUGAAGGAUACGCCCUCCCGCAUGCCAUUCAUCGUCUUGAUCUUGCUGGGCGUGAUCUUACGCAUUCUUUGAUGGGGGUUCUCGCUGAACGAGGAACUCGAAUGGUCACUUCCGCCGAACGAGAAAUAGUCCGCGACAUCAAAGAGAAGCUGUGCUACGUCGCUCUCGACUUCGACCAGGAGAUGAAAACCGCUGCGUCGUCAUCGUCACUCGAGAAGAGCUACGAGCUCCCCGACGGUCAGGUCAUCACCGUCGGCAACGAGCGAUUCCGUGCUCCAGAGUGUCUUUUCCAACCGUCUUUCCUAGGCCACGAGAUGGCCGGAAUUCAUGAGACAGUCUACAACAGUGUCAAUAAAUGCGAUAUAGAUAUCCGCAAGGACCUUUACGCCAAUACGGUGUUGUCUGGUGGCUCCACCAUGUUUCCGGGAUUCGCGGACAGGAUGCACAAGGAGCUCUCCGCCCUGACUCCACCCUCCAUGAAGAUCAAGAUUAUAGCUCCUCCUGAAAGGAAGUACUCCGUGUGGAUCGGGGGCUCCAUCUUGGCUUCUCUCUCCACCUUUCAGGACAUGUGGAUCAGCAAGCAGGAGUACGACGAAUGUGGACCAGGGAUCGUUCAUAGAAAAUGCUUCUAAACAGAUGAUUAGGAAAAUAUUUUGAACAGGAUUUCACUCCAAGAUGCCCAAUGUAGAAGUUUUUGGUCGAGUGGAUACGUCGCCGGACUGUCGAUCACAAGGUCCGUGGUUCAAGUCCCGCCGCGGCACUAAUGUCCUUUGGCAAGACAUUGAUCUACCUUCGCCACACUCAACCCAGGUGAAGUAAAUGGGUACCUAGCAGGGUUAAUUCCUUGAAAGCUGGAGCGCUGUAAUGGCAGCUAUGCUAAAGCGGGGGUUAUAAUAGCCUCGGAAUAGAAUUUUUUAGAUAGAUGGCGCUAUAGAAAUGCCUAUUAUUAUUAUCAUUAUUAAUGUGAGCCAGGGUCAUUCACUGAAAAUUAUUUUAAUACGAUUUUCCGAACUUUGCCGAAAUAAUGAUGCGAUGUUUUGGGAGUUUUGGAAUACAAUAUCUUGACAAUUCUAAAAGUGCCCAGAACCUAGUAAGUGCUUUUAUAAUGUAUUUCAGGAACUCAGCGAAACGAUGGUUUAUUCUGAAACUUCCGUAAAAAUAAGCAAUAUACUCUUUUGAUUUCGAAAAGGCUGUACAUAUAACAUUGGUUUUUAACAUUGUUAGCCGCACCCCCCCCCCCCAUUCAGAGGGUUUUGUGAAUGGCUAGUACCAGGCCAUAAGGUACAGGAACAUAAGAGUUACAAGCAGCGUACUUACAAAAUAUUCAGUCAAUAUGAUGGCUGAAUUUGCUUCACUUAACUGUGAUAAUUGUUUAUUCCUCAUACCCCGAUGACUUUUUAAUGUACAAACUAAAUAGUUGUGCAUUAAAAGUGUCAAUACCGUGUAAAGUAUUAUUUUCAUUUAUUUUAUUCUACUUUAAAAGUUAAAUAAUUUAUGGUUGAAAUAUCUGAUAGUACCAGCAGACAAUAUUAUAAAUUGUUUUGAAUGUUUCAUAUAUAUUUCACUUAUUUAUAAAUACUUUAUAAUCGUAUUGGAUUUGUCUGUUUAUUUGAUUAAUUGUAUCGAAAGGUUUUUAGGAAUAAUUAAUAUGUAUUAAUACCACUUUAUCCUAAUACACAACAUAUGCAACGGGUAUAUACCAUUAACGGCAUGAACGCGCUUGUUUGUCGAUAUACGUUUACUGUACAUCAUUACAUGUAUUUGUUUUUUAAAAGAUUGCUGGCGGUCACGUUGACUUUUUGUAAAUAAAUAAAUUAUUUUCAUUUUUUCACUAUUGAUUACCUCGAAAGCUAUAGAAUAUUGUAUAU